GAUCUGCUAAGAUGACAGAGCCUUCUAAGCUUAUUCAUGUCCGAAACGUUGGCCAUGAAAUAUCUGAGAGUGAUCUGCUUCAGCUAGUGCAUCCUUUUGGAGUUGUCACUAAGCUUGUGAUGUUACGUGCCAAAGAUCAGCCUCUUCUUCAGAUGCAAGACAUGGCUUCUGUCGUCAAUGCAACCGGUUUUAGGUACUCAGUCCCCAAUGGACCUAAUUGUACUGGGUUUUUGUAUAGGUGUUUCAUUUGUUUGUUGCUUGAGCCAUUCUAG